AUGGAUGCUGAUCUUAUCUUGCCAGGGACCAAAGAGUGGCUCCUCUUUCCUUCCGAUGAAGGGAUUGACCAUGAGCUUACAGUGCCUUGUGAACAAGCUGAGUUGAAAAACAUUCCUAAGAAAGGAACGAACAACAAGAACCAACUAUUGAUCCUCCUGACACUGACAAUGCUACUUGUCCACUAUACUCUGACGCCUCUUCCAUCGAGCAAGGAAGUCGAGUCAUCCGAUGUAACCUUUCUGUCUAAAGAAAACUCCUCGCCCAGCUUGGCUCACUUCGCCUACGCAACGAAGCGAAGUUCAGAAAAGGAAUAUUGGAGCAAAGAGAAUCUUAAGCUGGCAUUCAAAGGUAAGGUGGAAGAGCUCCUUCUUAGCUGCGUACUGAAGCGGAUUAGCACAAAUGUGAGGGUCGAUGUAAUUGAUAAAGUUGGAACAGUAGCUUCAAUAGCAGCGUCGCCUUCAUCGCUUCUUCCUUCGACCGUAGGCAUACUGCAAUACCAGGACCGAAGAGUCAUAUUGAUGCUGUAUACGGGAAAGAGACAGAAAGAGAUGGAAGUUUCUUGCUUCGUCGUACGCUCUUCUCUUCUAGAACGCUUUCAUCCAAUGGUAGUCCCCAUGAGGAGCUUUCCCAUUAGCCUUAGGGAUCGGCCCCUAUCACUUAAAGCUCUCGCACGGAAAGACUCUUUACGGAUCUACCCUACACAAGGACCCGAAAGCGAAGAGAAAGCCAUAGCGAAAGUCUUAGUUUACGCUCAGGAAAGCUUGAUCCUUAUUCUUCGAUCCUUUCCUCCUUCUUCUUUGCUUGAGGAGGCGGCUGCUAGCGACUACCUCCCUUCUAUCAAAAAUCCCGGAAAAAGGCCAAUCAAUCCAGCUUCCAACGAGGAUGUCUAA